AUGGCGCAGACGCAGGCAACGAUGCUGCAACAGAGUCACACAUGUGUGGAGGUAGAUGAUGAGGUUGUGGAGAUGGAAAUUGUCCAAAACGGCGAGGAAGAUAAUGCUCCCACUCACGGGAGCAUAUUCGACAGGGUGCCCCCUGAAAUCAUUAUCCACAUCGCCGAGGUGUCCACCUGGGAUGAGGUGCCCUCUUCCUGGGAGCACCCGGCUGCCUACGCACGACAUCAUGCAACGCUAGCCCGCGUGAACACUCGUUUCCACCGCCUUCUUGAACCGGAGCUGUACAAGCGCAAUAGGAAGUAUGACGGGCCCCUCCAAUCAUGUGUGAGAUGGGCUGCCGAAUUUGGCAACCUCGCGACGAUGCAGAAAGCCUGGCAGUACGGUUUCGACCUCAACCAACAGAAUGAGAGGGCCAACGAUGCCAUUGAAGUCAACCCCCUCCACUGCGCCGUCCACCAUGGGCACAGCCAUGUGGUCGCAUUCCUCCUGGAAAAGGGAGUCAACGUACAUGCACCCUCCAGUCCUACGCUCUGUGUAAAAUGCAAUGUAGACUGGAAGUUGUGGCAUCACAUGUCUACAAACACUCUGGAGCCAGUGUAUCCUCUGCAUACGGCCAUUGUCCACGGCAAGUCUCAAGAUGCCCGCCGCCUUGUGGAGCACGGAGCAUACCUCGUCGCCAAAAAUAUUUCGGCAAUAUUCGGUCUCUAUAGAAGCGGCUACAUCGACCUCGUCCGGAAGUACCUGCUGGAUAGGACUGACCCGGUGUCGCAAGAUGCCCAGCUCCUCUUUGCUGCGGCGACCAAGGAUCUGCCACUUUUGAUCCACCUUCUCGACAGGCCCGGCGUCAGUCUUGCCAGGGCCGCCAAUACGGCCCAAGAGAAUGCCCUCCACCUGGCUGUCGGCUCGUCCGGACCCCAUCAAGCCAGUGUUGAGGAUGCGGUAGCCACUGUAGAGUUUCUCUGCCAGCACCCGGACAUCGAUGUGUCUGCCGUAGACGGCUUCGGGCGCACAGCCUUUCUGCAAGCUGUUCAGUAUGGCGUGGUGCCCGUGGUCGAAAUGCUACUCCGCCACCCUGCCAUCGACGGCCAUGAGCUGGACUGGUACGGUCUAAAUUGUCUACACCUGGCUGCCAGCAGUGGUAACCUUGGCAUGGUCAAGUUGCUUGCAGAGCAAGCCGACGUAGACAUCAAAGCCAUUGGUCUCGGCGACGAGUCCGUUAUCCGCCUAGCCUGUGAUAGACCAGAGCGCCGAGAGGAGUCCGCCGAGGUGGUUCGGUACCUGCUCUCUGCCGGGGCGCCGCUCUACCCCGACGGGAUCGUGAAGCCUGAUGUGUUGCUUCACUGUCUCAAAAUGAAGAACUUGGAGCAAGCGCAUGUCCUACUAGAGGCUGGCAUGCAGAUUACGGCCGAGAUUGUUGACAACACAGUCCUCUGCGACACUAAGGGCUACACGCUGAUGCAGGGCAUACUGGACAAACCACGCCGAGGUCAAGCUGAGGUGUUGUCAUAUCUCAUCGACUUUGGCAUUGACGUUAAUGGACGCGGGGUCGGUCUUGACAACCCAUACAACACCGAGCUGCCCAGGUUCGAUGACCCGCUCCUGGUUUAUGCCGCCGUGGGCGCCAGAAGCAUCGAUUGUGUGAGACUGCUCAUAUCGGCGGGUGCCAAGGCGACCUUGAAUCCCGAAAUGGACCGGAUAAUGCUAUGGAGGUACUGUUCAAUGAGGUGGAAGAACAGGGUCGUGACUGAUAAGUCUGUCGCGGCCCAGGCCGAAAUCUUCACCACGUUCGUCCAGAUGGGCUUCCCCAUCGGUCAUAUGGACCCAUCUGCACUGGGCUAUGCCUGCCAUGCGGCCAUCUACGGAUCCCAUGCGCUUCUUGAACUCGUCCUGGAGCUAGCCGAGCCUAGAGCCAUAAACCCGAAGUACAUGCGCGAUCUCGUCUGGAUGUAUUCUCAUUUCACGGGUCCCAACAUAGCCCAAGCGGAGAAGAUAGCCACCACACUUGGCGCUGCCCAUCAGCGGCUCUUCGGGUAUGCACCUGUCCUAGCUGUCCACGGCGCAGCCACCAUGGAACUUGAGCUGGAUGGCACCCCAGAGGAACAAUCUGAGGUCAUUGCCGGUGCUCUGACUCUUUGUGACCUGUGCGGUCGCUGA